UUUUUUUUAAUUAUUAUUUAUUUAUUAUAUGUAAGUACACUGUAGCUGUCUUCAGACACUCCAGAAGAGGGCGUCAGAUCUCAUUACAGAUGGUUGUGAGCCACCAUGUGGUUGCUGGGAUUUGAACUCCAGACCUUUGGAAGAGCAGUCGGGUGCUCUUACCCACUGAGCCAUCUCACCAGCCUGAUUUCCUGUUCUUCUGUUUUAAGCACCUGAGAUGCUGCAUGUCAGGCGGGAUCACCAAGCGUGGUUUCAUUAAAGAAAUGCACAGUCCUACAUUACCGUCCUGCUUCCUUAUUUUUAAGUAAAGCAGACCAUGAAAGCAUGAUUUCCCAUGUGUUAGUAUGAUUUCAUAAGUAGGUUUGAGCUUUAAAAUCACGUUUUAGCAGAAAUAACUAGCAUGAUUAACAUUACUGAGAAAGGCUCGACUCACAGGCUAACAUCGCAUGCUGAGACCACAGCACUUCAAAAAAGCCCGAAUGCCCUGUGGCUGCCCAUGUGCAGAAGACUGUUUCUUUCUAAUUCCACUUGCUCACAGUAGGGCAGGUACCCAGGCAGUGCACAAAACCCAUUUGGAGUGUUCCUGGAAGUCCUUUGCACUGACUUGUGGGAAAUGUAGUCCCAACAAUUAUGACAUCACCAGAAGGGGCUGUCAGUAUUGAACUUCCGGGUUCGUUCUUAAACCUCGCUUCUCCCCCAAAGUUAGGGGACUGUCCUGCUCAGAACUGGGCUUGGAUCUCUGACAUGGAGGACAUGUUGUCAUUCUGGGAUGUGGCUAUAUAUUUCUCUGCAGAGGAGUGGGAAUGUCUGGGUCCUGCUCAGUGGAAACUGUACAGGGACGUGAUGCUGGAGAAUUACAGCAACCUUGUGUUCCUGGGUCUUGCUUCUUCUAAGCCAUACCUGGUCACAUUUCUGGAACAAAUACAAGAGCCUUCAGAUGUGAAGAGACAAGCGGCCAUCACUGUGCAUCCAGGGGGAAAAUGCUAUACAUGCAAAGAAUGUGGCAAAGGCUUUGAGCACAAAAAAGUAUAUCAGAAUCACCGGAGAAUUCAUUUAAGAGUGAAGUCCUACAAGUGUGAAGAAUGUGGCAAGUCCUUCCGUUUUCCAUCAUUACUUUCUGCACAUAAAAGAAAUCAUACAGGACAAAAACCCUACAACUGUGAAAUAUGUAGUAAAGCCUUCCACGUUCCUUCAUUGCUUUCUGUACACAAGAGAAUUCAUAGAGUACAGAAACCCUACAAGUCUGAAGAUUAUGGCAAGACCUUACAUUGUCCAUCAUUACUUUCUCAACACAAGAUAGUUCAUACAGGAGAAAAACCCUACCAGUGUGAAGACUUGGGCAAGGCCUUCCGUUAUCCAUCAAGACUUUCCAACCAUAAGAAAAUUCAUACAGGAGAGAAACCACACAAGUGUGAAGUAUGUGGCAAGGCCUUCGAUUAUCCAUCAAGACUUUCCAACCAUAAGAGAAUUCAUACAGGAGAGAAACCCUACAAAUGUGAAGUAUGUGGCAAAGCCUUCCAUGAUCCAUCAAAACUCUCUCAACACAAAAUAAUUCAUACAGGAGAAAAACCCUACAAAUGUGAAGUUUGUGGCAAGACCUUCCAUUAUCCAUCCAUACUUUCUAAACAUAAAAUAAUUCAUACAAAAGAGAAUCUCUGCAAGUGUGAUAUAUGUGGCAAGGCCUUCCAUUAUCCAUUAUUACUUUCUCAACACAAAAUUGUUCACACAGGAGAAAAACCCUACAAAUGUGAAGACUGUGGCAAGGCCUUCUAUUAUCCAUCAAGACUUUCCAGACAUAAGAAAAUACAUACAGGAGAGAAACCAUACAAGUGUGAAGUAUGUGGCAAGGCCUUCUAUUAUCUAUCCAUACUUUCUAAACACAUGAUAGUUCAUACAGAAGAAAAUCCUUACAAGUGUGAAGUAUGUGGCAAGGCCUUUGAUUAUCCAUCAAGGCUUUCCAAUCAUAAGAAAAUUCAUACAGAAGAUAAACCACACAAGUGUGAAGUAUGUGGAAAUGCCUUCUGUUUUUCAUCAUCACUUCGUAAACACAAGAUAAUUCACACAGGAGAAAAACCCUACAAGUGUGACAUAUGUGGCAAGGCCUUUGGUUCUCCAUCAAGACUUUCCAAACAUAACAAAAUUCAUACAGAAGAUAAACCAUACAAGUGUGAAGUAUGUGGAAAGGCCUUCCACUUUCCAUCAUUACUCUUGGUACACAAGAGAAUUCAUACUGGAGAAAAACCUUACAAGUGUGAAGUAUGUGGCAAGGCCUUCUAUUGUCUAUCUACACUUUCUGUACACAAGAGAAUUCAUACUGGAGAAUAUGCCUACAAAUGUGAAGUGUGUGGCAAAGCCUUCCAUUGUCUAUCAACAUUGUCAGUGCACAAGAGAAUUCAUACUCAAGAAAAACCCUACAAGUGUGAAGUAUGUGGCCAGGCAUUCCAUGCUUCAUCAAAACUUUCUCAUCACAAGAGAAUUCAUUCAGGAGAAAAACCCCACAAAUGUGAAAUUUGUGGCAAAUCAUUCUAUUAUCCAUCAAGACUUUCCAAGCAUAAGGUAAUUCAUACAGGAGAGAAACCGUACCACAGUCAAGCAAGUGGAAAGACCCUUGAUUAUCCUUCAAGACAUUCCAAACCUAAGACAAUUAAGACAGGAGAAAAACCAAACAAAUGUGAAAUAUGUGGAAAAGCCUUCUCCUUUCCAUCAUUACUUUCUAUACACAAGAGAAUUCAUAUUGGAGAAAAACCCUAUAAUUGUGAAGUAUGUGGCAAGGCUUUCCGAAAUCCAUCAAGACUUUCAAACCAUAAGAAAAUUCAUACAGGAGAGAAACCAUACAAGUGUGAAAUUUGUGGUAAGGCCUUUGAUUAUCCAUCUUUACUUUCUAAACACAAGAUCAUUCAUACAGGAGAGAAGCCCUACCACAGUGAAGUGUGUGGCAAGGCCUUCAGUUAUUCAUCAAGAAUUUCCAAAGAUAAGAAAAUUUGUACAGGAGAGAAACCAUAAAUGUACAGAGUAUGUGGAAACACCUCCCAUUUUUCAUCAUUACUUUCUAACCACAAAAGAACUCAUACAGUAGAAAAAUCCUACAAAUGUGAAGAAUGUGGCAAGGCCUUCUAUAAUCCAUCAAUACUUUCCACCAUAAGGAAAUUCAUUACAUGAGAGAGAGCAUACUAGUGAGUGAGAAGAAUGUACAAAUGCCUUCCAUUUUCCAUCAUCACUUUCUAAACACAAGAGAAUUCAAUACAAUAGAGAAACUCUACAAGUAUGAAGCAUGUAGCCUGGCCUUCUAUUGGCCAUAAUUACCUUCUCAACACAAGAGAACCCAUUUCAGAUGUGAGCCCCUACAAUUGUAAAGUACAAGUCCUGUCCUUUAGAACUUCCCAGAUUCUUUCUACUCAUUUCAUAGCCCAUUCUGGGGAGAAACAUUACACAUGUGAGUAAUGGGGAAAAGCUUGCUCUACAAAGUCAUACUUAUGUCUUGCCAAAUUAACUCACAAUGUGGAGAACAUAUACAAAUGCAAAGAAUAUGGGGAAAUGCUCAACAAAAACUUUAGGGAUCGUCAAAGUAUUUGUUCUGGAGGAAAAAAAAAACCCAUAUGAAUGUAAAGAAUCUGUCAAUUAAUUUAGAAGUCCCAUUGUAUGACCAAACAUGGGAUGAUUCUUACUGGAGACACACAUUACAAAUGUGAAUAAUAUUGAAAAACCUAUUACCAGUCUUAUGAUCUUAACCAACACUAAAGAAUUCAUCUGUCAAAGAAACCAUUCAAAUGUGAAGAAUGUGCCAAGGUCUUCUGGACUUACUAAGUACUUUUGAAUCACCUCACAAUUCAUACUAGACUGAAAUGCCACCUGUGAAAAAUGUUGCAAACCCUUUAAUAAGCGUUCUUAUAUUUCUCAACAUAAAGUAGUUCAACCUGGAGUGAAGUACAAAUGUUAAAAUGUUAAAAAAAAAACUUAACACUUCUUUAGACUCUAAAAUUUAUCGAAAGCUUCAUGCUGAAUAGAAGCCUAUGAGUUGGGGCAUGUGGUAAAGCCUUUGGAACAAUCAUGUCAUACAAAGCAUUCAUACAAUUAUGUCAAAAGUGGAGCUGUUAGACUCUGUGUUUGUCCUUGAAGACUUGGAGCUGAUAGUCCUUGCUGUCUCCCCUUUGGGGCUUGCAAUCCUUCCCCCAACUCUUCCAUAAAAGUUGCCAAUCUACAUCCUCUGUUUGGCUCUGUUUGGUUCUGCAUCCUACCAGAAUUGGAUGGCUCACCAGUGACCCUAAUCUGGAGGCUUGGGAGAUAAAAGUUUCUGACCUGGAUCUUGAUAUGGAGAUCUUGAUGCAUAGUGGCUAUGGAUUCCAGAAGAUUAAGACAAGGUGAUCUCUGAGUUCAAGGUCAUCUGGGAUUAAAGGUGUGGUGGCACACACCUUUAAUCUGGGUUAUACCUUCUGCUGGAGACUAUAUAAGGACAUUGGAAGAAGGAAGACUCACUCUCUCUCCUUUCCAUGCUUGCCAUGUGACUCAGCAACUGCUCGAUCCUUGGACUUCCAUUCUAGAGCUCCUACUGAACAUUGUUGGGAGUUGGACUGCAGGCUUGACCGGAGGCCCAUCACAGCAGAAGAGAACAAAGCACUUUAACCUUUAAAGACACAGAAUUCAACAGCUUGCAGUUGUAGUUCCUGCCCAAUGGUUUCUUUUGUUCAGUGGACCGUUAGUAAAAUUCGUGGGAAAAGUUGGACUGAGAAUGGGCAGAGAAGGAGCACCCUCCAGGACCUCGUGCUCAAGAGAUUCAGAGGGAGUACCCUCAAGGACCUUGUGCUCAAGAGACUCAGAGGGAGCACCCCCAAGAACUUCGUGCUCAAGAGAUUCAGAGGGAGCACCUUCCAGGACUUCAUGCUCAAGAAACUCAGAGGGAGCACCCUCCAGGACCUCAUGCUCAGGAGACUCAGAGGGAGCACCCUCCAGGACCUCGUGCUCAAGAGAUUCAGAGGGAGCACCCUCAAGGACCUUGUGCUCAAGAUACUCAGAGGGAGCACCCUCAAGAACUUCGUGCUCAAGAGACUCAGAGGGAGCACCUUCCAGGACUUCGUGCUCAGGAGACUCAGAGGGAGCACCCUCCACAGACUCAUGCUCAGGAAACUCAGAGGGUGCUCCCUCCAUGACCUCCUGCUGAGGAGACUCAGAGGGAGCACCCUCCAAGACUUCAUGAUCAGGAGACUCAGAGGGAGCACCCUCCAAGACCUCAUGCUUAAGAGGAAUAUGGUGAUUGAACCAUAUAUCAAGGUAGAACCGUGAGUCUGGUACUGUAGGAGCCAGCCGACACCUUCCCAUCCACUCAGGAAGCCAGCCUGCUCUGUCACGUCACCCCAAUGUCUCUACCAAACAUUUCAGGAAGACAAAGAAAAAUCUGUCUCUUCUGGCCAAGAUUUGAUUGGCAAGCCCAGUUUCUCUAUUUUUUUGUCAGUGCUUCCCAACUUAGGAUCAAUCAGAAAAGGCCAAAUAUGUUCCACAAACCAAUCAUGUAGGAGCUCUGCUUAAACCUACCGCCUUCAUCUUCCCGGUGACAAAGGCUUCCAAUCCUGCCCUUCCCUAUUUCCACUGUGCAGUGUUCCAGUUCCUAACCUAUUUUCAACACUGUGCCAUAGCAAAUGUUGAUAAUGGAGAUAACACUACCUCCCAAGGCAUAGUGAGCUAGGAACAAACAGCCAGAACCUACUCUAUCUUGGGUGAUCGUCAUUUCCUUAGUAACUGCAAGAAAAUUGUAGAAUUGAGAAUGAAACUGAGUAAUGAGUUAUCUCCAGGGACUCCAGACUAAUGCUCAUACAGCUCCGUUUCUGUCUUCAGUUUUUGUUUGAAUGAUUUUGAUGGCCUCACUCAUUGUUGAUAGCUCCUACUGAAACUAGUUGUCCUUUUCUAGUCUCUGUGUUGUUCUUAGUAAAACCUUGGACAAAAAUGAUGCCCAAUUUCUGUCUCAUUUAUCGAUUUAAUUAUUGCUUCAGUGCCUUGCAGUAGAUCUGUGUAUCCAAAACGUCCAACACAAAGGAGAUUUAGAAGUGGCGGUAACAUUCACAGCAAUGGGAAUUCCCAAGGCCCCAGAUCUUCCACAGAUGCACACUGGAGGAAACUGUUCUGGGCUGUUAGUGUAUCCCUCACAAAGCACUGUGGUUUUCUUUGAUUGGUUCCCUUGGCAAGGGAGACAGAUACAGACUGAUGGUCUGUAUACUUGUUUGGAAUGUGUAUUGAUUGAACUUGUGCUGUGCAAGUCUAGAUUUCUUUUUGUUGCAUUUCUUCCUUCUCUCCUAGGGAAAAAUAAUGCAUAAUUGCAUGCUCUGUCAGUUGCUGACAUCACUAACCACCAGAUGCAAUGUCUCCUUAUGCUCACAGUUCUCAGGACACACUGAUUCCUCUACAGUAGGCUGUGCCUUGCUCAUGUGUAGCUGAGACAGGAAAUCACAAGUUCAAGAUGAUGAUACUUUAUGUCCUGAGUGCUUUUCCCUCUUACCCUCCUGUUAGCUCAGACGUGUGCAGAGAUGUUAUGGCUAGACCUCUGGAUUAGCUGAUCAGCAGGAAUAAUGCCUUUGAAAAGCCUAAGGAAAAGUAAUAGAAGAUGGAGCUUGUUACGGUUUGUAUAUGUUUGGCCCAGUGAGUGGCACUAUUAGAAGAAGUAGCCUUGUUGGAGUAGGUAUGUCCCUCUUGGAGUAGGUGUGUCACCAUGGGUGUGGGUUUUAAGACCCUCAUCCUAGCUACCUGGAAGCCAGUAUUCUGCUAGCUGCCUUCAGAUGAAGAUGAGGCAUAAUCCUCCUGUAUUAUGCCUGCCUGGAUGCUGCCAUGCUUCCGGCCUUGAUGAUAAUGGACUGAACCUCUGAACCUGUAAGCCAGCCCUAAUUAAAUGUUGUCCUUAUAAGAGUUGCCUUGGUCGUGGUGCCUGUUCACAGCAGUAAAACCCUAAGACAGAGCUGUUGGAAACAUUCAGAGACAGUCCUUGGUAAGGGACAGAUGGGUGGAGUUUAUCUUCCCACUUUCCACCAGAUGAGGAGCUAACACCCAGAUGAAAGCAGAAUUCUUGAGUCUCCAUUUCUGAGUUAAGUUAGCUCACCGACCUGUAUAUUUUAGCCAGUUGAGGUGUUACUGUUGAGGCUAAGAGAACCCCAAUGAGAUAGAGAAGUAAAAAAUAAUCUGGUUAUCUUGGAUUCUGUUUACUCAAUCUUCUCCAUCCCAAGCUAGCAGAAAAAAAUAAAAAUAAAAGAAAGAAAAAUGCAUCACAGAAUGUGGCUCUAACAGUGUUGAUAAGUAGUUAUAAUUUACAACAGUAAUUUCAUUAGGUUACUGUUCUUACCAGUGGGUCGUCUGGCACACAGCUGUUUGUGAGCCAAAAAUACUGUAGCCUAUAAAUUUGCUAUUCGUUUCAUCUUGAAAUGCUAGGCCCUAAGCAGAGGGAGAAAUUUUAUGUUCCAGCCACCAGGAAAGACGGGCAUAUUUCAGCUGUGAAAGGAGGACUGACUUUACGCGUUUCCUCUUAUAUAAUCCUGAAUACAGGUGUGGGAGGAGGAGCAAGGAGCCCGUUUCACCAGAUGUAAGACUCUUUAAUGGGAAGACACUAAGACUGGAGGAGCAGUUUUAAAAUAAAAGAGCCCAGCAUGAA